AUGUUAUCGCUUCUUUUGUUGCUUUUAUAUCAAAUAUGUCAACAAAAUUUUUUAAGCGCACAGAAAUUCCGAAUGGAUUAUAUGUGGGCACAUUCCCACAAGACAUUCUACAGACUUCACGAUUUAGCUACGGAUUGGGCUCAAGCGAGACAAAUGUGUGAAUCAGAAGGAACUACAUUACUUAUACCGGAUACAUUGGAAGAAAUAGAAAACUUAAAACUACUUAUGAGCAAUAUGAAGGCUCACUAUACUGCUAUAUUUAUAGGAAUACAUGAUAAUUUUUCCAUUGGAAAUUAUCUCACCGUCAAAGGACAACCAAUAACAGGAACUAUUUUAGAAUUGCUUUGGGCAGAAGGUAGGCCAGACAACGUCAAUGGUACAGAACACUGCGUUGUUAUGACCAGAGAGGGUCUCUUUGACGAUCGUCCAUGUACCGAUAUUUACCCAUUUGUGUGUAAAAUACGUGGAAACGAUACUGUUUAUAAUCAGGCCUGUGACAAUUUUGACGUAGGCUACGCUCCACAUAAAGCAAUAAGUGGCAAAUGCUAUAAAUUUCACGAAGAACCUUUAUCUUGGCAUGACGCUUUUUUGGCUUGUAACCUGGAGGAGGGACGUUUAGCUAUUAUAAACUCAGCAAAGGAGGCGAGUGUUGUAAUAGGGUUCCUCGGAGAUAACUUAAAUAGCAAUGUACCCGAUCCAAAUAUAUUACACAUUGGAUUUAGUGACUUGAUGUUUCAAAAUCAAUACAGAACUAUUACAGGAGAAACCCUAGAGAACGCUGGAUAUGCUUCGUGGACUCCAAUGAAAGAAGAUUUGAAGGAAACUUAUAACAAGCGUUGCGGAGCUAUAAGUCGAACGGGUUUCCUUAAAACUACUUACUGUAAUAGGCCUGCUAUGUUUCUAUGUGAAAAAAUAGUGAAUAAAACAAAAACAAACACAUAUUAA